ACACAGUGUUAAUUCAGUAGGCUUGAGAUUUCUCAUACUCUCGUAGCGGAUUCUUUUGUGCUUGAAGGUAAUGCUACUUACGCGGCUGAGCCGCCGUAAAAUUGGCAUCUGCCCACCGGCACUACUCAAAAAUCUUAAACACCUCCACGGAAACGCCGGCGGCUUUCCGCCUGUAGACCAAUCUUUUGAGGUUCUGCUAAAGAAAUGCUCCACUGCACAGCAUAUUCAUCAAGCCCACUGCUAUAUGCUCGUCCGAGCUCUGGAUCACGAUAACAUCCUUCUGAAUCGAUUCGUCGCCACUCUCUCCGCGCUUGGGUUCUCCGACUAUGUGUAUUUCUCAGUCUUCUUCGCUCCCAACCCGGACAUGUACCUAUACAACACCGCCAUUGACGUUCUCGCUCGCCAGCCGCGUUUGUCUGAACAGGCCAUUAGCCUCUAUAAAAGGGCUCGAGUCAUUGGUUUGAAGCACGAUACUUACUCUAUUCCGUUUGUGUUGAAUGCCGUUAUCGGUGAUUGUGGAUUGAUAUUCACCGGCCGGCAGAUUCACUGCGAGGGUGUUAGGACAGGAUUGAACAAUGACGUCCACGUGGCGGUGUCGCUCGUCCGUAUGUACUCUGCUUGCGGGCUUGUUUCCGAUGCACGAAAGGUGUUUGAUGAAAUGCUGCAUAGGGAUGUGGCGCUGUGGAAUGCCAUAAUAGCUGGCUACGCCAAGGCUGGUGAUAUGGGUAGUGCAGUUGACUUGUUCGAGCGUAUGCCCAGGAGAAAUGUUGUUUCUUGGACUACUAUCAUAGCUGGUUAUGCUCAGGGAAAUCUGUCUCAUGAUGCUAUUGCUGUUUUUCGGAGAAUGAUGGCUGAUUCAAGUGGAGUCAAGCCUGAUGAGGUAGCCAUGUUGGCUGCACUUUCGGCUUGUUCAAAUUUGGGUGACCUUGAGUUGGGUGAGUGGAUCCACACUUAUGUUGAGAAACAUCAAUUGCAGAGAACUAUAAGUCUUAACAAUGCACUAAUUGAUAUGUAUGCUAAAUCAGGGAGCAUACAGAAGGCUAUGCAACUUUUCGAGAGUAUGACAAACAAAAAUGUGGUAACUUGGUCAACGUUGAUCUCUGGCUUGGCUACUAAUGGCCUUGGAAGAGAAGCUCUUGACAUGUUUUCUCGUAUGGAAGGGGCUGGAAUUAAGCCUAAUGAUGUGACUUUAAUAGCUGUACUCUCUGCCUGCAGCCAUGCGGGUUUUGUUGAGUUGGGUCGCUGGUAUUUCUAUACAAUGGAAGAAAGGUAUGGGAUUAGACCCAACAUUAAACACUAUGGCUGCAUAAUUGAUCUUUUAGGGCGUUCUGGUCGCCUUCAAGAGGCUGAAGACCUAAGUAAAAGAAUGCCAUUCGAAGCAAAUGCAGCUAUAUGGGGAUCACUGCUUGCUGCAUCUAGGAACCAAGCCAAUGUUGGACUUGGGGAGCGAGCUCUUCAGCACCUACUCAAAGUGGAACCUCAUAAUAGUGGCAAUUAUUCACUUCUGUCUAGCAUAUAUGCUUCUCUUGGUAGGUGGGAUGAAGCUAGGGCAUCAAGGAUAGUCAUGCGGGAUAUUGGUGUUAGAAAGAAGCCAGGUCAUAGCUCUAUUGAGGUGGAAAACAGAGCUUAUGACUUCAAUUCAGAGGAUAGGUCGCACCCUCAGCUUGAGGGGAUAUACAGAACUCUGCUGCAGUUAAAUGAACACUUGAAGAUGUCAAGGCACACCGUUUGGGAUUAUGACCAUCUGCUUGAUUCUGUUUCUGUGUAACAUGAUAUCCUCCUCCUAUGAAACUGGAGACAAAUCAUUGCAAACCCCAGCAGAAUGGGCUUCAACCUUUUUUGAGAAGAAAAAGCAAAGAGAUAAUCCAUCAAAUUAAGGAUUUUAUUAGAGCAUUUGGUGAACUGGUUGAUUGAUUGCACAUGGUUCCACCUAUUUCUGAUUCAUAAAUACCUCAAGGAUACUCUUACUUUCCGGGCCAAGGACAGCUAUACAGAUUCUCUUGAACAUAAAAGAGAGUUCAACAU